AUGUCACAACAAAACGCGAAGUAUGGCUCGAUGACGAUGAAGGAAUCGCUUUCACUGGCAUUAACUGGCCUCAGCUUGCCAUUGUACACUCUGCUCAACCUUCCGAAGAUUCUGUUAAAGCCGUCUCGGCAAGGCGUUCUGCGGGAUAUAGUCCUGCUGCUAGUCAAGUUCUUGACAAGAAGAACGUCGACAUCACAGAUGCAAGUUAUUCUGGGAAACACAAUCUCGACUUAUCAGAAGUGGUCGAAGCGUCAUGGCUUCCCGAUUCUCGAAGAAGAACUUGUGGAUGGCGGUAAUUUGUUUUGGCUUGGUCCAAAGCAAACGAAUAAAGUCAUCGUCUACGUCCACGGAGGUGGUUUCUACUUCCCGGUACAAGACUGCGGCCUGAACUUCUGUCAUUAUGUCCGCCAAACUCUCGUCAAGAGUGGUGUCAAUGACGUCGGGCUUGCUUUACUGAACUACUCCCUCAUGCCAGAAGCCUCAUUCCCAAUCCAACUCCGCCAAUUGGCUGUAGCAGUCGAUCGUCUCCUCGCAUCUGGAGUUGCCCCCCGGAACCUGUAUCUCAUCGGUGACUCUGCUGGGGCAAACACCAUCAUCCAGCUCAUCUCCAACCUCCUCCACCCCAAUGACGAUCUCGCCCCAACUGUAAACCUCAAAGAAGCUAUUGGUGGCAUCUACCUCAUGUCGCCACUCGUCAAAUUCGAAAGCACAAAGCCGUCAUUCGUCAACCCACACGCCUGGGACAUUUUCGAUCGAAAAACAGUGACUGGCUGGAGCACGGGUUACGCAGCGCGAGCCCCAGACUCUCUACGGUCGUACUUUGAGCCAUCCUCCGUCCCAAACGGGUGGUUCGCAGACCUGUCGCGCGUGUGUUCCCGCGUCUUGGUCUCGGCAGGAAGCGACGAGCUGUUCAGGGACGACAUCGUCGAGUUCUUCGAGACACAUCUACAACCCACCAAGGCAGACACCAGGUUGGAGAUCCAAGACGGCAGUGUACACGAUGACCCGCUUUAUGACUGCUUCUUUUCGGCUUCCCCGUCGAAAGUGGGCGCUCUGACCCCUAUCAUCGUCGACUGGUUCAAAGCUGCGCUCGAACAACGCUGA